AGCUGUAGUCCAGCCCCCUCGUGGACGAGGAAGGUCACCACCGGAAGAAGGUCACAAGCACGACGUUCAAGAUGGCGACCCCCUUAUGUCGGUGUUAUCAGAUAUGUGUAAGAAGGGGUUUGGUGGCUUUCCCUUCCUCCUACCUGCUGCUUUCCAACAGACCCAAUGUCUACACGAUACGUGGGCUCCUCACACACUCUCCACAGGUGCCUCAGUCAGCCCUUCUUCAAGUAAGGUAUUUGUCAGGAGAGCGGGGUGGUGGACGAAGAGGUUUCCUGGGAGAGUUUUUGGAUAACCUCAAACAGGAGCUAAACAAGAGCAAGGAAAUGAAAGAAAACAUCAAAAAGUUUCGAGAAGAGGCCAAAAAACUCGAGGAGUCAGAGGCAUUGAAGCAAGCUCGGAGGAAAUAUAAAAAUAUAGAGUCUGAAACAGUGAAGACGUCCGAGGUUCUCAGGAAGAAGUUGGGAAACAUUUCAGAGACGGUCAAAGAGGGACUGGAAGAGGUCAGCCGGACAGAAUUUGGGAAGAAAAUCAAAGAAGGAAUGGAAGAAGCUGCCAAAACAGCAAAGACAUCUGCUGAGACUGUCUCCAAGAGUGGAGAGAUGCUGGGGAAGACGGGCGCAUUUAAAGCAAUAUCGCAGGGAAUGGAGAGUGUGAAGAAAGAGAUCGGUGACUUGGGUCACACUGGCCCUUAUCGGCCUCCCACCAGACUCAGAAAGAGGACGGAAUUCUCCUCCAAGGGGGCAGCGGAUGAAAGCAGGGUCUUUGAGGCCAACGAGGAAGCUAUGGGCGUGGUGCUCCACAAAGACUCAAAAUGGUACCAGCAGUGGAAGGACUUCAAAGACAACAACGUGGUCUUUAACAGGUUCUUUGAGAUGAAGAUGAAAUAUGAUGAGAGUGACAACGCGUUUAUCAGAGCGUCCCGUGCCGUCACUGACAAGAUGACUGACAUCAUAGGUGGACUGUUUUCAAAGACUGAGAUGUCUGAAGUGCUGACAGAGAUUUUGAAGGUGGACCCGUCCUUUGACAAAGACUCCUUUCUCAAGCAGUGUGAGCGAGACAUCAUCCCCAACAUACUGGAGGCCAUGAUUCGAGGGGAGCUGGAGGUUCUGAAGGACUGGUGCUAUGAAGCGACGUACAGCCAGCUGGCUCAUCCAAUCCAGCAAGCCAAGGCCAUGGGGCUUCAGUUCCACUCCAAGAUUCUGGACAUCGACAGUAUUGAUCUGGCCAUGGGUAAGAUGAUGGACCAGGGUCCAGUGCUGAUUAUCACUUUCCAGGCUCAGUUAGUCAUGGUGAUCCGAAACACCAAAGGAGAAGUGGUGGAAGGAGAUCCUGAAAAAGUCCUCCGGAUGAUGUACGUGUGGGCUCUCUGCCGAGACCAGGAAGAGCUCAACCCGUACGCUGCCUGGAGACUAUUGGAUAUCUCCGCCUCGAGCACGGAGCAGAUCCUCUAAGACUCUUUGAUGUGCACUAAACACUCACAGUCAGGGAGGAGGGGACACACACAGGUGGACGUGUGGGGGCCGGACUUUGCUACGAAAACACUGUGGAGUAGUGUUGCUGAAAGCUCGAGCUGCUUCUCCAUCUAUUGGCUUUGCUCCGUCAGUUAUUCCUGACCGUUCCUCAGGCUCACACUUGGGGGCAGUAGACCACCAACAACAUUCAUCCAAAGUCCUUCUUGCAGCCUGUAGGCUGAGCUUUGCUGUUUGAUGCAGCUCUGCCAUUGUUGGCUUUAAAUGAUGCCAUUUUAUCAAUAUGGGAAACAAUCAUGUGGGAAUCAGCCGAUAGAUUUGUAACUAAAACUUAUGUCGUCAAACAGACUCCUUCAUAUCCUGUCACCGUGAUGUCACCAUGACGUCACCGUGAUGUCACCGUGAUGUCACCAUGACGUCACCGUGAUGUCACCGUAUACCUUUAUUCCACCGUCUUUCUCCAUCAAAAAGAGACGCACACCAUCAACUUACUGGGCCCAGAGUUGGAACCAUUGAUCCCAGUGGCUGUGGGAGGUGCUACUGCAAAAAACAAAACCACUGCCGUGAUUUUAUUUCCAAAAAUUAACUUUGUUGCACAACACUAUGGAAUAUCUGGUUUUCAAGCAUGUGGGAUGGUCGUUUCAGGACUAAGGCAAACGCUGGUCCUGAAGUCGCAGCACGCCAGCACCUGAUUGGUGGAAGAGGUGACAGUGGCUGCUUUCGCCAGUGCCAAUCAGUGCGCUCCCAUCUUUACUGAGGAUUGUCGUCCUUGUAUGUAUGAUAAAGCUUCAGUGUGAUUGUUGACCUGUAAGAGUCUAUAUUUAUUAUAAGAAAUAAAAUGAACAGUCACCUUUGGAAACAACUUUCAAUCCACCUUUUUGGUUUUUUAACGGUUCGUUUUGGGACGAGAUCAUGUGAUUCCUUCGAGGGCAGUUGCUAAUUAUUUUUUUAAUUAAAUCCUCGUGUGGGAUUUCACUUUUUAUGUCAUCUUUCCUUUGGGAGCAUCUCCGGGGCUGAGCGGAGGCUGAGCACUCAUUGGUUUGUCAGUGUGAUGAUGUCACGAUGUAGGGUGACCUGGAUUGUUUCAUCGGCGAUUCGUGCCGUUCGUGUUUCUCCUCGGUGACUUCUGGUGCGACUGCUCGGCCUUCAGUGCUGUGAUGUGCCAGCCUCACUGUGCCUUGUUGUGCGGUCAGCAUCCCAGGAGCUCGUCUCAGAAACGUGGAGGUUAGAAAGGCCACGUGGGACCUGAAGCAUCUCCAGUCUGGGGACAGAAAGAGUUCAUCUCUACGGUUUUAUUUCUGUUGUGUCUGCUCAAUAACUUUUGUAACACCUUCAGACAGUUUCAUGGAAGAACAACAAAAUCUUUAUCAGUGUGCUUUUCUGAUGUACACUGACUGGACAUAUUUUUAGGUACACUUUGCUGGGACUGUAGUGGACCCUCUUUAUGUCACAGCACAGACUGGAGGUGUUGGAAACGUUCCUCAGAGGUUUUGCUCCAUACAUGACAGCGUUACACAGUCAGUCAGUGUGUCAGCUGCACACGCCAAAGGUGCUCUGUUGGACUGAGGUCUGCAGUGAGCUCCAUCUGAAGAUGGUAACUGUUUUCAUAAAAUGAUGGACAUGGUCAGCAACAAUACUCAGGUCGGCCAUGACAUUUAAACGAUGCUCAGUUGGUGCUAAGGGGCCCACAGUGUCAGAUCCACAGGAUUACACCUGAACUGCUGAUACAAGCAGGAUGGAUCCAUACUUUCAUGUUUCAUCACCAAAUGUGAUCCGACCUGGAAUGGGAGUUGGAUUCUGAUUCUAUUACUGGCAUCAAUUAUUGAUUCGAUCCUUUAUUGAUUCUGUUAUUGAGUCUGUUGGGUUCUCACUGGCUCGCUGUGACCGUCACCGCCAUUGCUAAGCAGCGUAUGUUACUUAAUUACUCCCAGGAGAAAGUAUUUCAUUACAUUACUUUGCUGCUUCAGCUGAAUCACAGCUGAGGCUACGGUCCCGCACACCAACGCAAGUUCCUGUCGCAAUGAAGGCGCAAGCGAGCUUUCUCUCAGUAUUCAGGUAUGAACUCACAGCUGACAGGAGCAAAGAGGAAACCAGCACAAAGACACUUGUGAUCGCCACAGUGAUCCUACUUCAGAAAACAGGUAGAAACCGAGGCUGCAGCUGGACUCAUCAGUUUGAAGUUCAGGGUCAGUUUGGGCUGGGGCUAGCUCAGUGUGUUCAGCGUAUUCAAUCAUGUUUCUAUUUAUGUAUUUAUUAGUAGUAGUACUAGUAAUGAUUUAGUUAGUUUCUUGCUCUCUGUAAACUGUAGAGAUGUUUAUGUGGGGAAAUCCCAGUAGAUCAUCAGUUUCAUUCAGAUCAGCCGGUCUGGAGCCAACAAGCCGCCAUGUUCAGAGUCGCUGAACAUUGUGACACUCGGUGUGACCUUCACGGUCACCGUGACCAUGUCUGCCUGCAUAAAUGCACUGAAUUAGCUGAUUACAUAUUUGCAUUAAUGUGCAGUUGAACCCAGUAAAGUUGAGUAAAUGUUUUCAGUCCAGAUGAAAUGCUGAUGGCAGCAGAUGUUCGUUGUGUGCAGCAGUAACGAGGCAGCUCGGGACAGAUGCUGAGCAGAAUGCAGUGUUGCAUUCAUUUGGUCCUGCGUCGCUCACGGAAGCUGACAGCGGCUGGUGGUUGCUCAUACACAGGCUUGCAUGUCUGCACAUGCAGACCAGCACCUCCACUGUUCAAGCGCUGUCCUGGAUGAUGAAUCCUGACUAUUGCUAAGCUGUGCUGAGGCUGCAGCUCCCUGUUGCUGUGCUCAUCGCUCACAGUGCACCUCCGUGGUCUCGCACACACCACUCCCCACUCAGGGUCCAGAGGAGCAUCCUCGGAGAAUCCACAACUGGUCAGACGGAUCCUGCUGACCGAGAGAAGACCCGACUCAUUUGUGUUUGUUCCAUAUGCUAUCACGUUGAUGAUGAGCUCACACACAGUGUGCAGCAUCAAAUAGUCAUCAGUUGUGUUUACAGCACUAUACUUUGAUGCUACUACUUCAGGUGGAAGUGAGUGACACACAUGAACACCUGAGUGAAUAAACUAUAUUAUAUAACAGCUCCACUGUGCAUAUAAUAAGAACAAGAAUUCUUAUUCCCAGCCUUAAACGAGCCAACAGUAUUUGAAUGGGUGGAAAGAGCGUCGUAGGGUAAUUUCCAAUAAAGCAAGUUCACAAAGGGAG